AUGCGCGAGCGCCCAGGUGGGAGCUGCUCGGGCCCCUGCAACCCAUGGGCCGGGGUGCUGGGCUCCCCGGGCCUGGCGCGGGGAGGGGACUGUGCGCUCUGUUGGCAUUUGUCCUGCAGCCUCUUUGCUGGGACUGCGAGAUACCGCUCCCCGCCUGGGCGCCUGCAGUGUGCCAGGCGCCGUGCUGGGCACGGUCCCAUCUCCGCCCCUUCGGCCCUCACCAGCCAGUGAGGUACUGAGGCAGAGUGCUGGAGCAGGGAGUUUGCAUCUCUACUGUCUGCUUAGGGCUCUUCAAGGCUGAGAAAGAACAUGGGGGUCUGUAUCCCAGAGCCUGUAUCCAUGGCACAGACAUGGUGGGUGUGCCCUAUAAGGACCACCAGGCAACAAUGAAGGUUCUUUUACUAAAAGAUGCUAAAGAAGAUGAUGGUGGCCAGGAUCCAUAUGUCAGGGAAUUAGGAUUAUAUGGACUUGAAGCCACUUUGAUUCCUGUUUUAUCAUUUGAGUUUUUGUCUCUUCCCAGUUUCUCUGAGAAGCUGUCUCAUCCUGAAGGUUACGGGGGACUCAUUUUUACCAGCCCCAGAGCAGUGGAAGCAGUGGAGUUGUGUUUGGAGAAAGACAAUAAAACAGAAGUCUGGGAAAAGUCUCUGAAAGAAAAAUGGAAUGCUAAGUCAGUGUAUGUUGUUGGAAAUGCUACUGCUUCUCUAGUGAGUAAAAUUGGCCUGGAUACAGAAGGAGAAAACUGUGGAAAUGCAGAAAAGCUUGCAGAAUAUAUUUGUUCCAGGGAGCCAUCAGCUCUGCCUCUUCUGUUUCCCUGUGGAACCCUCAAGAGAGAAGUCCUGCCGAAAAUGCUCAAGGACAAAGGGAUCCCCAUGGAAAGCAUCGCUGUGUAUCAGACGACUCCACACCCAGCAAUCCAGGCGAACCUGCACAGCUACUACGCCACGCAGGGUGUUCCAGCCAGCAUCACGUUUUUCAGUCCCUCCGGCGUUACAUACAGUCUCAGGCAUAUUCAAGAGUUAUCUGGUGACAGCGUGGAUCAAAUUAAGUUCGCAGCCAUCGGUCCCACCACAGCGCGCGCACUGGCCGCCCAGGGCCUGCCUGUGAGCUGCACUGCGGAGAGCCCCACACCGCGGGCCCUGGCCACUGGCGUCAGAGAGGCCCUGCAGCCCCGCGCCUGCUGCUGAGUCAGCCGCCCAGCAGCCUUGCCCGGGGCAGCCUUCCUGGGCUGGGCUCCUCCCCAUGGGGCCAGGGCCACUUGCUGCUGCCUCCGCAUGGGCCAGGCAUCGGACUAGGGCUCUUGGGAGCUGCCACCACCAAACUCCUGCCUCAAGCCUGAGUGGAACCAGCUGAGGACCAGGGGCCAGGGCCUGGCCUGGGGCUGGCAUCAGGCCUGCAUGCAUGUGACUGCCCUCCACAGAAGCCAAUUUGGACCCUAGCCCAGACACACGCCAGCCCAGGCCCUGCGAGAGCUUUCUGUGCCCAGCAGGAAGGAAAUCAAAUAAACCGCGGCUGGCUACUCGUGAUCA